AUGGAAAAUUCGCAAUUCAGUGGCGGCAGUGCUGACAGCAAGUUGGCCGGUCCAUUUCAAGAUGGGAUGAAAAUUGUCAUCCACAGAACUGCCACCGCCGUCGUCCUUUGUCCUGGCGGAAACAGCUUCACUGUCCCUGGUGGGAGUAGCAUUGUUCUUUCAGGAGGGAGCGCCACCCUAAGCUGUGGUGCCGUUGUCUGCGAUAACGGUGGCAAUGGCACCACUGUCACCCUGGGUGGCGGUGUGUUUGUCCUCCGAGACCCCGGAACCCUUGCCGCACCCACCGGUGCCAAUAUCUCGGUACCCUCAUACUUCUGGGGGCAGAGGGAGAGGAAGACGUUCCCCCUAAAAGCUGGCACGAGCAUUUCGGUAGUUGGCGCGCCGUCUCCGCGCCUCGACGGUGUCCUUCGUUCCGCCUCUGUACUAGCUCAGCCGUGGACCGUGCCUGCUGGCGGCACCAUCAUCCUUGAAGAGAUCGCGGUCCCAUACGGCAACGGCAGCGUCAUCAUCGGCGAGGGCGGCUGUGCCGCCCCUGCCGGCAGCGUCGUCCUGGGUGGGCCCGUGAUGGUCGCCAGUCCGGGCCUGGCCGCGGGAGCCAUCAUCCCCGAGAAAACCACGUUCGGCCAAGCCACCAUAUUCCCGCAGGACACGUCCCUCCCCGGCGGCACGACCUUCUCUGGCGGAAUCCACUUCCCCGAGGGCACCAUCUUCCCAGGUCUCACAGUAUUCCCCGCUGGCACCCGCUUCUCGGCGGGUGUCACCCUGCCUGAUGGGCAGGUCGUCGAGAAGGAAGAGAAGAAGGAGGAGCAGCGCAUAAUGCCCUGGCUUAGGUGA